AAGGAAGUAUAGCUCUGCCAGAUUGUCCACGCUACUCUGCAAAGAGUAUACACUUACAAAUGCUCUGAAAUUUGAAUUAUGGCAUUUAUCUUAAAGCUCUUUGGAUAUGGAGGGGAUAAGAAGCACGUGGUGGAAAGUCCUUGGCUCACACGUGACAAUAAUCCAGAACAGACUUGGGAAAUUUUGGGUGAGCUAGGUGAUGGAGCCUUUGGGAAGGUUUACAAGGUACAUCACAAAGAAACGCAAGCAAUGGCUGCAGUGAAAAUACUUGAAAUUUCCUCCGAAGAAGCUCUAGAAGAUCACAUAUCUGAAAUUAAUAUUCUGGGACAGUGUCAACACCCGAAUGUUCUCAGACUCAUAGAGGCAGAUUUCUGGGGCCGACAGCUGUGGAUCAUGGUGGAGUUCUGUGCUGGAGGAGCACUUGAUGCCGUCAUGAUAGAGCUGGGCCAUGGACUGUCAGAGAACCAAAUUCGUGCAGUCUGUCUACAGACCCUGCAGGGACUCCAAUAUUUGCAUUCCCAUAAAAUCAUCCAUAGGGACCUUAAAGCUGGAAACAUCCUCCUCACACAACAUGGAGACAUCCGAUUGGCGGAUUUUGGCGUCUCUGCGGUGAACAACCAGGCGUUACAGCGACGGAGCUCUUUUAUUGGAACGCCUUACUGGAUGGCUCCGGAGGUUGUGACCUGUGAGACGUGCAAAGAUGUUCCAUAUGAUUAUAAGGCUGAUGUAUGGUCUCUUGGUGUCACUCUCAUUGAGCUGGCUGAGACUCAGCCACCAAACCAUGAAAUGAACCCAACCCGUGUCUUACUGAAGAUUCUCAAGUCCCAGCCACCAAGUCUAAAGUAUUGUCAUUUGUGGUCACCAGAUUUUAUGCGUUUUCUCCACAAAUGUUUACAGAGGAACCCUCAGGAUCGAUCCUCAGCUACUGACCUUCUUGAGCAUCCAUUUGUGUCUAGUGUCACCGAUAACAGCCCUCUGAGAGAAUUAGUGGCUGAGCUUCUUGCAGACAUCAUGGAGGAGGAAGAAGUUGGGAGUCAGAAGGAUGGCAGUUCUGAGAUUGAUCUUCCACUUGAAAGCAACAGUGAAGAUGACAAUUUGAGAGAUCCUAAAUCUCCAGUAGAGAAGUCUUCCAUUAAAGCAGAGACUAAAUGCACAACAAAUGGCUUGCAUAUGUCUAGUCAAAUUCAAGAGGACCCCGUGAAAGACCUUAACCGGAAGCCACCAAUUCCAGUACAGAGAGGGACAAGUUUCUUGAAACAGAUGCGCAGACUUUCUGCUCCCUCACUUUCCAAAGAAGUCAGGGCAUCCGUAAAGUGGAAAGUUGAUAGUGAGCACAGUCACAUACGUGAGAGAGAGCUGGAUAAAUGGAAAAACAACCACCCUUUCCAGAAUGUUGCAAUUACCCCACCCAGCUCUGAAAUUACAGAAUAUUCCUCUUCUUCAACUCUUGGUGCAAAGGUGGAGAACACCCAAGAUGUAGAGGAAAUCAGCAGAAAUUAUAUGAAUGUAGAAGAGGUUUCUAAAGGGAUUUCUGAAAAAUAUCUACACGACACACAGAAUUUACUCCCAGAAAAUGUUCAAGACAACAGUGUUAUUAUAGACCAUUCAGAUUCCCUCAAUACCAAGGAAAAAGCCAUACAAAAAUGUGAUCCUGUUUCACCUGUCUGUCCAAUGCCAGGAUGGAGAAGUAGUGAAGACCUCUGUAUUUCUUCUAGGAAGAUAGGUAGAACAUUGUCAAUGCCAGGCCAUUUAAAAAAAUGUUCUUGGAUAAAACUUAAAUCAAACGACUCAGGUUCUGCGAGUAAAGUAGAUGGUGCAGAAAGAGAAAUUGCUAAGCAUACUGACCAGCAGAAACCUCAUGAGGAUUUAAGGAAUGACAAAGAUGAGGUGGUGAUUGAAUGUUCUUCAUCUGUUUCUGCAAAACACUCUGAUGUACAGCAAUGGGACUAUUCAAUUUCAAGGGAGAAGAGAGCAUCAGUAAAAUGGGAAAGUGAAAGAGGUCAGGGUGCAACAAAUACCAAAGUAAAUCACGUACUUUUGCACAAUCCACACAAUAUUUCUGGCCUAGGAGAAACCCAAGAAUGCAGCCAAGAAAUCGCUCCUAAUACUUCUGAAAGGCAAUGUAUAGACACUAUACUGUGCCAGCCACAGAUAUCCACAUAUAUAUCAGCUACGGAACAUGGAGAUUCUGCAGAGGCCAUUGUAACCAAUAUUGCAAAUACAAAGGACCGUAAUAAAGUAGUAAACUACAAUUAUACAGACACGAGUGGCCAAACAGAUUCAGUGUCACCUGACCAUAUUAGACAGAUCAGCAGAGACAAGGCAAAUUUGCAUAAUUCCUCUGGGAAAGUCCUGCGUAGAUGGACAUUACCCCUUUCAGAAAGUGAAAAAAUUAUUUUGCCACAGGACACAUCUCAGGAAACAAAGCCAGAAUUUAAAUUCAUGGUGGGUAUUAUUGGUCUGGACAACAGAAAGUGUUCCUCAACCAGAGGACAUAGAGUAAGAUUUGAGGAAAAUGUUAUCAUGGAGUCUGUGGGAGAGAAAACAGUCAGCACUCAUGAGCAAGGUGUUGUUAAACGAUGUAAUAAUAAAACCACACCAAAGAAAAAAAUAAACUUUGCUCGAUGUUCAUGGACUGUCCUACCCAGUGAGCUCAACAAUGGGGCUAUUGAGGAAAACGAACGACCUGCAUAUGUUGGAGAUGGAACACUGGACUCAAGUCUGCAGAAUGCACAGGAGGGGGUAGAAAUGCAUUUAGAUCAAAAUAUUACCGAACAUGCUGGAAGAACUGUAAGGAUUACACGGAGGUUCGUGGUGGAUGGAAAGGAAAUUAAAGUGUCAUCUUGUAAACGGAAAGCUGAUUCAAACAACGUAGAUAUAAAAGAGCGUUCAGUUAGGCGUCAAGAGCUCCAGCAGUUGAGACUGUUGCAGAAAGAAGAGAUGAAAGCCCAGAGUCAGCUGGAGCAACGAAUGCAGAGGGAGAGGGAGAUCAUGUUCCGUCACAUCGAGCAGGAGAUCAUAGGAAAGAAGCAAUAUUAUGAACGGGAGAUUGAGGCCCUGGAGAGACAGAUGGAGCAGACACGAGCACGGAGGGAGCAAGAGCACACCAACCGCCUGCGACAAGAUGCACUACGUCUCCGAGCUCAGCACCAGAAGGAGAGGAGCAAGAAGAGGGCAGAGCUAAAGGACAAGGUGCAGGAGGAGAUGCUCUUUUUAGAGCAGCAGCAGGAGUUGAACGCAACACUACAAAAAGUGGUCAAUGAACACAAGAAAAAGGUCAUGAGUAUUGAGCGAGAGAACCUCGGCAAAAUUCACAGCCUCAAAAGUGCUCGUGAGUCUGUCAUUCUGAGACUGGAGGAACGCCAUCUACAGGAGAAAUAUCAGCUUUUCCAUCACCAGGUGGUUGAACAAAACACUCUGCAGAGGCAACAACUACGCAAAAGGCACGAGAAGGAAAUGGAGCGGCUCAAACAUUACCAAAGCAUCUUGCUGGAAGAACUAAAGAGUCAGCAACAGCAGGAAAGAUCCCGAGCGCAGAAAUCUCAACGUGUAGAAGCCAGGAAACGCCAAACUAUGUUCAAAGAGAGACUGAAGAGCCAAGGCAUGAGUGUAUCUGAGCAGAAAGAGAGGAACAAGCAGUUUCAGCAGCAAGAGGUUGCCCGGCAGAAAGAAGAGACCCAAAAGCAGCAGCAGAGACAGGAACAGGAACUGCAGAAGUUCAAAGAACAUCUAGAAGAGACAUUUAAGGAACUGACACAGAUACAAGAAGAAAAACUAAGAACUUUGCAAGAACAGGAAACAAAGAAGCUACAGCGACUGGAAGAAGAGCACAGCAUGGAGGCUGAGCAGUGGAAGGAGCGUCUGAGGCUGAGUAAAGAGAAGCUGGACAGCGAGUUAGCCUGCAGACAGCAUCAGAUUUCAGACACUGGAAAGCAGCUGCACAAGGAUCACGACAAACGCUUUUCCUGGUUUUCACCUUCUUGACAGCCAUGGUUGAAGAGAGACAUCAUAAAAACACUCAUAAAAUUCCCCUUAAGGCAAAUGCCUGUGUGGCCAUCAUAAAUUACAAACACUGGAGUUUGACUGACAACCUUUUUAUUUUCCUUUUUUUUUCUAUUAGGUACAUAUAUGGGUGUAAAAAACAAAAAAACAAACAAAAAAAAAAAAAUGUAAAAUGUCACAUAAAUACAUUAUUUACAGACAUAUUCUGCUAUAGUGCAGAUACUGACAGAAGAAUAAAAUAAUUCAUUUAUCACAUUCAUUGGCGUUUGUGUGAUGAUUCCCUAGCCUAGGGUGUCAAUGAGAUUGCACAUGCCUUCAUUCUGAUCAGUCUCCUUGCAUUAUCAACACAUCAGAGAGAUCUUCAACUUCCUGUAGCUUUAAAGUCUAUAAAAAACAAGAAUCAAAAUUAUGCAUAAAAAACUGAAUGAACUUGAUACCACAUGAACAAAUGGUGCUCACAUUGUCAUACAGCCAAGAUACAAAUACAAUAUAGGGUGUACUUGUCUCAAUCCAAAGCACUAAGGCCGGGUUCACAUAUAUGCAAAUUGGAUGCGUUUUACACAAUACUCCUGUUUGAGCAUCUACUUUUUCAGACUUUUUUUUGUAUGUAUUUGCGCGCAUAUGCGUUUGCACAAUCUUGCAGGCAUGUGUGAAAAUGUAUUCUCGUGUUUUUGUUAUGCACAGUAUGCAAAUACGCAAUUGCGCAUAGUUGCUUGGAUCUGCAUGCAUGAGGCUGUAAAUUACUGAUCAAAAAUGCAGAUUUAAAAAAAAUAAAAAAUACUGAAGAAUGCACAGCGCUUGUUUACGUGCUUGUGUGAAUAGGCACAUUACAAUUAAUGGGCUGUAUUUUAGCUCAGUAAACAUUUAAAAAAAAGGGUUAAAGUACUGAGCUUUUUCAAGCUGCAGCGUGCAAGAGGCCUUACGAGUCCCUUUCACUUACACAGUAACAAAUCUAGGUGAGCGUUUCAAGGAUUGUGUUAACCAUGAAUUUAAUCGAUACAUUUAGAAGCGAUUUCACCUUGUUUGACAGAAAUAUUGCCAUCAAUUGCUAAAGAUCUGAGUGCACAGAUUAGAUAACUAAUACUUCUUAUUACCAAUCCCAUUCAUGAUGGAGGUGCUGAUUUUAUAAGCCUGUUUGCCAUGUUACAUUUAUGUUAUCCAUAUUUAUUUGUUAGCUAAGAGGUGAGCACUAUUAUUUGUUAAUGUAAAUAUAACAGUGGAAUUACUGGCACGCUCAUAUGUGACAUUAUUUCUUUUUGGAUUUCUUGUCCCGACUAUUAAAUCCAUCAAUGCUUAUUUUUCAAAAAUCGCACCACUGGUGGUAGUUGUUGAGUUAUCACAUGAAACAUUUGAUGGCCUGAACAUGUUAAAGCAGAGGUUCACCCAAAACACAACACUGUCUCCACUGCAUCAGUGGACAUGUAGGAUAUAAAAUCGCCCGUUUAAAAAAAAAAAAAA